GCGAGGUAGUAAUGACUCUUCCCUCCCCCGGGAGAGCCGGCGAGCAUUAAUAAAUCUCUAAGCCAGAGGAGGAAACUCUGGCUGGGGCAGUGCGUGCAGCUCCGGCGGCGCAGUAGUGGGGGAAACGGCGGCGCCCACGGCAGAAGCAGCCCUAGCUAGCAAAACACACCAGAGGCGACAAGCCGAGAGGAGCCCUCUCUCGUAAACACACUCCCCUCCUCGGUCGCUUGCCCCGGGUGCCGCGCGCCCGCCAGCUUUGGCGCCAGAGAAGGCUGGGACUGCUAUGUAACGUCGAGGCUGCGGGAGGUGGAAGCAGGGGUGUUAGGGGGAGAAGAGCCUGGGGCCAAGUUUGCGGGUCACUUCGGCAGGCGCCCUCUUAGCCCUCGCCUGGUUCCUUCUUGUUAGCCUAGCUGGCUCCGGUGCCCUUGGCCUUCUCCAGCUAGCUCCCCAGCUUACUGCGUUUUGCCGGCGACAUGGUGACGAUGGAGGAACUGCGGGAGAUGGACUGCAGCGUGCUCAAAAGGCUGAUGAACCGGGAUGAGAACGGCGGCGGCGGCGCGGGCGGCAACGGCAGCGGCAGCCACGGCGCCCUGGGGCUGCUGAGCGGCGGCAAGUGCCUGCUGCUGGACUGCAGGCCGUUUCUGGCUCACAGCGCGGGCUACAUCCGAGGCUCGGUGAACGUGCGCUGCAAUACCAUCGUGCGGCGGAGGGCCAAGGGCUCCGUGAGCCUGGAGCAGAUCCUGCCCGCCGAGGAAGAGGUGCGUGCCCGCCUGCGCUCUGGCCUCUACUCGGCUGUCAUCGUCUACGACGAGCGCAGCCCGCGCGCCGAGAGUCUCCGGGAGGACAGCACGGUGUCGCUGGUCGUGCAGGCGUUGCGCCGGAACGCGGAGCGCACGGACAUCUGCCUGCUUAAAGGUGGCUAUGAGAGGUUUUCUUCUGAAUACCCAGAAUUCUGCUCUAAAACCAAGACCCUGGCCGCCAUCCCACCCCCUGUACCUCCCAGCACCAAUGAGUCCUUGGAUCUGGGCUGCAGCUCCUGUGGGACCCCACUGCACGACCAGGGGGGGCCCGUGGAAAUCCUCCCUUUCCUCUACCUCGGCAGUGCCUACCAUGCUGCCCGCAGGGACAUGUUGGACGCCCUGGGGAUCACGGCCCUCCUGAAUGUCUCCUCAGACUGUCCCAAUCACUUUGAGGGUCAUUACCAGUAUAAGUGCAUCCCCGUCGAAGACAACCACAAGGCUGACAUCAGCUCCUGGUUCAUGGAAGCCAUCGAGUACAUCGACGCAGUGAAGGACUGCCGAGGGCGAGUGCUGGUUCACUGCCAGGCCGGCAUCUCCCGAUCAGCCACCAUCUGCCUGGCCUACCUGAUGAUGAAGAAGCGGGUGAGGCUGGAGGAGGCUUUCGAGUUCGUCAAGCAGCGCCGGAGCAUCAUCUCGCCCAACUUCAGCUUCAUGGGCCAGUUGCUGCAGUUCGAGUCUCAGGUGCUCACCACGUCCUGCGCCGCCGAGGCUGCCAGCCCUUCUGGGCCCCUGCGGGAGAGGGGAAAGGCCACCCCGACCCCCACCUCACAGUUCGUCUUCAGCUUCCCUGUGUCCGUGGGCGUGCACGCGGCCCCCAGUAACCUGCCGUACCUGCACAGCCCCAUCACCACCUCCCCCAGCUGUUAGGACUCGUCUCUGGAUGCCAAGUCCAGAGUCGGCCCCCAGCCAGUCGCCAGCCACCUGUGAACAGCGAAUAGGGACUGACCAGUGGGGGACCAGGUGACCAGGCUCCGCCUCCAUUUCUCCUUGGCCAACCACAGGGCCAGCUAGGAUGGCAAUAACGACUUUGAAUACACAUUAAAAACAAAAACAACUAAACACUCCAGCAUAAGCAAUAACGGCGGUUUCCGCUGCCAGAGAAGACUUGGUUUCUGUGUCAGUUUUUACUUUGCAGGUAGAAAUUUACCUCAUUAUUAUUAUUAUUAUUAUUUUUAAAAAAGCAAUCAAGCUUGAAAGUUAUGAAACCCCACAGAUCCUGGCAAAUGUGCGCAACCAAUUUUUAUUAAGUGGAGAGGGAAAGGAAAGAGGGGAAAAAAUGAGUUUGCCAGGAAAGUGCCUGGUUCUGUGUGUCUGUUCCCUGUCGUUGAACUCACAGGAAUUUUGUUCUAGAUCCUUCUAGGCCACAGUAGUAUACUUAGUCGUCAACUGGAUAAUCACUAACUGUUUAAUGCAUAUUGAGAACCUCAGCAUGUGUGUGCGGGAGUCUAGUGACCCUGGGAGAUAUUUCUGUUGAGGUCACACAGUCGAGCAGAGAAACACACAGGUGUGCGGGCAGUGAGAGGAGCGGCGGGUAGGUGGUCGCCAUGGUUACCAUCGCACGCAGGAUGACAUGCAAGGAAAAAGGUUAGUCGCUUUUGCAGCUGGCCCCUGGGCCCACUGACCCAGCCAUGUGAGAUUUUUCUCUCCAGCGGUCCGUUUGGCUGGGGAUAGAGUGUUUUCUUCCCACUUGGCCUAGGAUCUGGCUAUUGGUCUGUGGUAAACGCCAUCUUUACCAAGGUGCUCCUGGAAAACUGGGUGCCGUUCAGAUUUUCCUGCCGUGAAUCAUUUGGUAAGGCCAGAUCAGAACCAGAUCACUGAAGAUGAACUAAAAACGAAUCUCCCUCUCUCGGCUACAUUGGGUGUUUCAGAUUUAGCAGUUUACUUGAAGUAUACAUACGAAGAAAUUCUUGUUACAAAAUCCCUGUCUGGUGAAUACACUGAAACGCCCUCCCAUCAUCUAAGAGAUGUCCUCUUAGAAAUAGGACAUCUUUUGAAUAAAAAGAUACACAUAUGCCUGACUUGGGCCUCCUAAAAGUCUGGAAGGGUGAGAGAAAAGAAGGUGUGGGGCUGGAUGCCAGCUCCUGUUUUACUGAUAUUGGGUGACUUAGGAGCCAUGUUGGGUUCUAACUGGGCCAACACCAUUUUAAAGGAGACUUUCCAAGUGGAGGAAUGGCUUUGGAGGAAUAAGUGUGUUUUCUAGGGGGAAUGUGAGGGGUAGGGGAGGGAACCUGUUUUGUCUGUAGUAUUGGGGGACAAGUUUUGUGAUGGUGUGUCAGAUUAGAGGUCACUGCAGACUUGGCAGAAAUUAGCUUGGUCCCCGUCCCCCCUCCCCCACACCUUGAGCAGAAAUGUAACUUCAAGCCUCCAUGUCACGUGGUGAUGGAAAGCUUUCUCAUCCAGAACCCCAGACACGCCUGGGUUCCUGGCUUUUCCUUCCAUGAAAUGUGAACCUGUGUUGGUAGAACUUGGAUUGAGUGGCCUGUGCCAAAUUCUGCCUUUGGGUGAGAAGUGAGGGGUGCCCUGCUCGCUUCCCCUACUGUCCAAGGCUUGGCUGAAGGCAUAGCGGGGCCGAGCUUCCCCGAUGGCGGACUGCCUUUGCCUAGUUGGAUGGUCCGAUAUUUUUACCCCCCUGCCUUCUUGGCAGCCGUUUCAUGUUUGGUGAAGAAUUAGAUUAAAUGAGCUCUGUAGCUAGUCAAGUCCUGAGCUCUGAGAAUGUUGAGGGCAUCUGGAGAGCAGAUAGCUUGUAGACUCCAUUCACUUUCUAGAUGAGUGUUUGCCAAAUGUGUCCUAGUUCCCAGACUGGAUCCCAACGACACAGGCAUUGGGAGCUCCAAAUGUCCCUCCCCUGCUUCCUAAUUCAAACCUCCUAUGACAGUGUCAAGGGGCUAUUUAUAAAGUAAUUUUCUUUGUACUUGAUAACAGCAUGAGAUCCAAAACUCUUAGAAAUAGGACAUUGGUUUGAUUGAAAAAAAAAAGGGGGGUGGGGGGGCACACCUUAAAGCUCUCCAGAAGUUUCUGCAAUAGCGCUAGUGAAGACCCUGUCAUUCCUCAUGGUUAGUUAGUUUCAGUAUCCCAUCCGUGAGCUGAUUUCUGGUGAUGGGAAGUUUUGGAAUGUCAGAAGGCUGUUGAGUAUCUGCCCAAGAGUGAGGGACACUCAGUUCUCCCUGGGGAUCUUGGCUCCAUCAUCCAUAUAGUGUUUGUGAGACUGAGGGCUGAAGCACAGGCGAGCAGGUAGCUAGCAGCAGCUCUCUGCUCCAUUCGCCCUGAGACCUUGUGCCCUGGUUCUUGGCUUUCAGUUCUUGGCUUCUGGGGAAGCCAUGGGAAGGAAUUGAGAGUCCUUGGGAAGACAGCAGGAGGAAGGGAAGAUUUGGUAGUUACUCCCAAGGGGAAGGGGACUGGGCAAUGGCCAAGGAAGUCUGUGGCAAUAAUAACAAUCAUAUGGGUUCAUCCUGUCACCUGGGUAGCCUUUAAACUCCUCAUAGCUAGGUGACCCUUGACCAAAUAAACCAGGACUUGUGUGGGUGGGACCCGGAUGCCAAUAUGUUACAUUGUUCCUAUGGGCUGUCACUGGUACAGCCAAGUCCUGGAGACGCCAUUGCUUCACUAUGGUGAAAGGCAGGUCUUCUCUAGCUUGUGACACAGACGUUUCCAGUAGGGCUUUGUAAUGGUGUCAGUGUGGUCUUGCUCUCCACAAGCCAGCUGAGGGAUGAGGUGGUUUCUCUGAGGCAAGCCCCUGAAUGAGAACNAGGUUUGUGGAGUAUUGUGAGUGAGCUCAAUAUAGUGUCUGGAUGUUGAUGUUAUCUCCUUAAACUUUGUCUGCAAGAAAGAUGGAGAAAGUAUGUGUCUGUUUUGAAGUCCUCCUNCUAGUGCCCCACCCCUUAGAGCUCACAAAUCAUUCAAGGGACUUCAGAAAGAUAACAAUGCAAUACUUGUAACUUGUGUAAAUAGCCCCAUCUUUCUGAGUGGUGUCAUUUCUACAUUUGAUAUGCUU